AUGUCAAAAAAGAAAAUUUCUCUUGAUAGUAAAUUUGUUAAGAAAUUAACUACAAAAAAAAAUACAUCAUUAGAUUUAUUUUCAAAAUUACGUUUAACAAAAUGGGGUGUUAUUAUAUCUUUUAUUUUAUCUAUUAUUGUAUCAUUAUUAGUAUCAUAUUUUAUUAAUUUAGGACCAAUUAAUCCUCAAAAAUAUAGUGUUCAAAAAAAUAUAGAAAUAGGUGAAAAAAUAAAUAAGAAAGAUUUAGAAUGUAAAUAUACAUUUAAAAGUGAUUAUAUAAAAGGUCCAGAAAGUUUAGUAUAUAAUAAAGAAAGAAAUUCAAUUUUUACUGGUAGUAAAAAUGGUAGUAUUAUAGAAUUAGAUGUUAAUACAUUAAAAACAAAAAAAGUAUAUUCAAUAUAUAAUAUACUUUAUAAUAAUAAUAAUAUUAAAAAAAAAUAUAUUUGUGAUGGUACAUAUUAUACAAUAUCUAUAUGUGGUCGUCCAUUAGGAUUACAAUUUGGUGUUACACCUAAAACAUCAAAUAUUUUAUAUAUUGCUGAUGGUAUAUUUGGUAUAUAUUCAUUAAAUUUAGACACACAAAAAAUAACUAUAUUAAUAAAUAGUGAAGAAAAUACAACUUAUGAAAAAAGAAAAAAAAUGUAUGGAAAUGAUUUAAUAGUUACAAAAUCUGGUAUAUAUUUUUCUAUAUCAUCAACAAAAUUUGAUGAUAACCAAUAUUUAUAUGAUAUUUUGGAACAUUCAAAUAAUGGUAAAAUAAUGUAUUAUGAUUUUGAAAAUAAAAAAAUAAGUGAAAUAAUUGGAAAAUUAUAUUUUCCUAAUGGUAUACAAAUGAUAAAAGAUAAUAAGGUACUCCUUGUUAGUGAAAUGAGUAAAAUGAGAAUUAUUAAAAUUAAUUUAGAAAAAAAUAAUAAUGUAGUAAUAAAUAAAUUUAUAGAAUAUUUACCUGGAUAUGUAGAUAAUAUAAGAAUUAUAAAAAAUAAUAAUAAUAAUGAAUUAGUUGUUCCAAUACCUUAUCAAGUAACAUAUGGUGAUGAAUUUUUUGCAAAUUAUCCAGGAUUUCGAAGAAUGUUAUCAGCAAUAUUUCAAUAUCCAAUUAUGGAAAAAUUUAUUAAUUAUUUUUCUAAUAGUAAUUCACUAAUUCAAUACUAUAAUGUUGAAACCGGAGAAUAUUUAAGAACAAUUAAUAUACCAUUUAAAGGAUUGUCAGUUAGUCAUGUACUUCAUUUAAAAUUUCUUAAUAUAAUUUAUUUUGGUAGUGAUAAUGGUGAUUAUAUUUAUGCUUGUCAAAUAGAUUCAAAUUUUUAG